AGUUAUUGUUUUGGUGGCAACGAAGCAAGUGUCAAGUGUAUUUUCUCACAGUUCUUGAACACAUUUAUAAAUAAUUAAAUAAAUUAAUUAAAACUUUGAUCUUUGUCAACCAAAUUAUUGAUGUUAAAUUGAAGAAUAAAAUAUUUAUCAAUUUAAAUUAUUAAAUCACUGAUCAUCAACAGCUGAUAAAAAAAAAAAAUAUGGAAAGAUUAGAUCUACAUGAAUGCAAAGUGAAAAAUAAAAUUUCAAAAUUGCGUCAAGCAAUUCCACAAUUUUGUGCAGUUGGUGCUGAAAAUUUAUUACUAGUUACACUUGGUUCUACAAUUGGAUUUUCAUCAAUUCUCAUACCAGAAUUGACUAAAGAUAAGACAGAUAUAUUUCUUGACCGUGAUGACGAGUCAUGGAUAAGUUCUAUGAAUUUAUUUACUGCACCAUUUGGCUGCUUGUUAAGUGGUCUAGCAUCAACAUAUUUUGGUAGAAAAACAACAAUGCAAUUGGCAAUGUUUCCUUAUAUAUUAAGUUGGUUAAUUUUUUAUUUAUCAACAACUAAACAAAUGUUGUUUAUUGCACUUGUAUUGGCUGGCUUAAAUAAUGGUAUUGUUGAAGCAUCAGUAUUGACUUAUGUUGCUGAAGUAUCACAGCCUCAUUUACGAGGAAUAUUAUCAUCUACAUUGAGUGUUGCUGUUAUUCUUGGAUUUCUUACUCAAUCACUCACAACAACAUUAACAAAUUGGCGAACAACUUGUCUUGUUAAUAUAACAUAUCCUGUUAUUGGUUUUAUAGCAUUUUGCUUGGUUCCAGAAAGUCCAUAUUGGCUAGCAGAAAAACAACAAAUUGUUAAUGCUGAAAAAGCACUUUGUUGGCUAAGAGGAUGGGUAUCCAGUUGUCAAAUUAAAAAUGAACUUGAAAUUAUUUGCAUCUCUGUCAAGCCAAAAGAUAACAAGCAUAAAAAUAAAAAACAUUGGAAAGAGUUUACAAAACAAACAUUUAUAUCACCAUUUAUAUUGGUCAUUGUUUGUUUUGUUAUUGUUAAUUUUGCUGGUUCUGUUUGUAUUCAAACAUAUUCUGUUGAAAUAUUUAAAGAACUCAAUACACCAAUUGGCAUUAAAAUAGCUCCAGUUUAUUUGAUACUUGCUCAAUUAAUUGGAACAAUAAUUUGUGUUGUUUCAAUAUUUUUUACUGGCAAAAGAACAAUCAAUUUUAUUUCAAUUGCAGGAGGUGGUUUAUGUUCCUUAGGAAUUUCUAUUUAUAUUUAUCUUGUUGAAUUUAAUUUUAUUCAUGAAAAUAAAUACACCUGGUUACCAUCAUUGUUACUUAUUGGCACAGCAUUUAUUUCACAUAUUGGAAUCAGAUUAUUAGUGUGGAUUAUUGUUGGAGAAGUUUUUCCUUCAAAGGUCAAAUCAAUUGCUACGAGUGUUUCUGUUGCAAUUAAUUACGCAUUUUCAGGUAUAGCUAAUAAAACUUAUCUUGGUUUAAAGGACAUUAUUGGUUUGUCUGGAACAUUUAUGCUAUAUGCUAUUAUUUAUUUUAUCGGUCUUGUUGCACUUUAUUUUAUGCUACCAGAAACAGAAGGUAAAACACUUCAAGAAAUUCAACAACAUUAUUCUGGUAUUCACAAGUUAAAUAAAAAUCAACAAAAAGAACAAAAAAUAUUAAUUUAAUUAUUAUAAUAAUCGUUAAUAUAUUUUUUUAACAAUAUUUAUUUAUACAUAUUUUCUUGUAAACAUUUAUUUUAUAUAACUGAAAUAUAAAAAAGAAAAAAAAAAUAAAAA